GAUGAUAGUGAGAGUGAGAAGGAAAGGAAAACUGAGUCUCUUUUCGGUUUCCAUGGAGGGAGAAGCGGAAUCAUGCGAGGAAGUGAAGCCAAUCGCCGCCGUGCAUGAACUAAAUGGCGGUAGCAGCGCCGAGAAUGACGUCAGGAAGCCGGGAUCCGGCCACUACCGUGAUUUUUUGGGGAAACGAUCCCCGCAGAAGGAUGCCGGUGCUGUUACGGCCUGGCCACCAACAAUGGCCGCAUCCGGGUUGAAUGCUGCGAGUCUUGCUCCAUCUCAGCUGACCAUAUUCUAUGGUGGAAGUGUCUGUGUGUUUGAUGGAAUUCCUAUGGAAAAGGUUCAUGAGAUUAUGCUUGUCGCUUCUACUGCUGCCGCGGCCGCAGCUGCAGCAGCUGCUGCUGCAAAUAACUCUAGGGAUGAGAAGAAUACUGCUUCUGCUACUGACUGCCCGGCCAAUUCACCAGUUCUUACAAGGUCUCCUUCACUUCAGAGCACCGCGACUGCUGUGGCUUCACCAGUGGCACAGGGUUAUCCUCUUCAGAGCACUUCUCUUUGCAAGCUGCAAGCUGGUAGCUUUUGUAUUACUUAGAACUUGGAUGUUCCUU